UCUACCCAAGAUGUAGUAAUUCAGGUCAACAACAGCAAUUAAACAAUCAAAUCAAAAAGUCAGAAUGAAAUUAGUGAAAUUUCCUGACAAAUAGUUGGUUAUUGAUGGUAAACACUGCAUAAUGCAUAGCAUAUUUAGCCUAACAUUAGCCUAGUAGCAGCUAACCAUCUGGUUGCCAAGGAAACAAAGUGCCCUGCUCCUAAUGGUUGUGUUUGAGGCAGCCAUUUAGGAUUUUUUUCACUCUGAAUAACUUGAUACGUUUCUGUUUUAUAAUGUAUACUAACUAAAUGAAAUCACAAGUUAAGUUACGUCUGUGUCUUUUUUAACCGAAAUAAAAAAAAUCAAACUAUUAGUAUUUCUCAAGACUACGGUAGAACUAUACUGCAGUGCGUAGCUUCCGGGGGUAGGCUGUCUUAUUUUGAAGGUAAAAUCCGAGCAUCUCCGGUCUGCCUCUCUCCGGCGAGCUUGACGCGGCUCUCCGUCUCCCCGGUGCGCCUGAACUCCGGUACCUGACACCUCAGAGCGUGUCCAGCGGCUGAGGGGACGCAGACGCACCGGGAGCCGCUUGGUCCUAUUUAACUUUACUUUUGUUACAAAAACUUCUGCGUCACAGUCCUCUCUCAUUUUUUUCUCCCUCUUCUUCAUCUUCCCGACUGACGGACUGAGUUUGGAUAUCGGCAAAGGGGGGGGGAGGAGGCAGAGGACCAGCGGGCUGCUCUCAGAUGGAGCACCAGGGCUCCGGGAGCUCAGGGCGCACGGCGGACCCGGAGUGAAUGACGCUGGUGGAUGGACGCUGCUCCCCGGUUCAGGCUGUUCACAGCAUGGCCAUGACGGGCACCCAGGAGCCAGACCUGUAUGAGCAGCACAGACGACCAACGCAGAAGGAAGGGGAUGAGGAGGAGGGGGAGAAGGUGCAUGUGUCAGUUGAGGGAGAGGAGAGGGAGCAGGACGGGGAGGAAGAGGAGGAAGAGGAGGAGGAGGAGGAAAAGGAGGAGCUGCCGUACCCCUCUCUAGCACCAGUGGUUCUUUUGGUUCUGACCCAAACCAGCCCACCCCGCUCCUGGUGCCUUCGAGCUGUCUGCCACCCAUGGUUUGAGCGUGUGAGCAUUUUGGCCAUCCUGCUGAACUGUGUGACUCUAGGGAUGUUCCAGCCCUGUGACCACACCCCUUUCCUGCUGCAGGCUCUGGAUGAUGGGAUCUUUGUGUUUUUUGCCGGGGAAAUGCUGAUGAAGAUGGUGGCUCUUGGGGUCAUAGGUCAGAGCGGUUACCUAGGUGACACAUGGAACAGAUUGGACUUCUUCAUUGUUAUAGUGGGAAUGCUGGAGUACUCACUUGAUGGACACAACGUCAGCCUAUCAGCUAUCAGGACAGUCCGGGUUCUCCGCCCACUGCGAGCCAUCAACAGAGUUCCCAGUAUGCGUAUCCUGGUGACACUCCUCCUAGACACACUUCCCAUGCUGGGCAACGUGCUGGCACUGUGCUUCUUUGUCUUCUUCAUCUUCGGCAUCGUUGGCGUGCAGCUGUGGGCGGGGCUACUGAGGAACCGUUGUUUCAUGGGAGAGGAUGUCAAGAUGAGAUAUAACAUGUCCUUCCUGAGUGGCUACUAUCGGCCAGAUGGCACCGAUGACCACCCCUUCAUCUGCUCAAUGGAAAGAGAAAACGGGAUGCUUCGGUGCACUGAUGUGCCUCGCCGCCGUGUAGCCGGGACUUCCUGCUUCCUGGGUGCUGAGGAGGCUCGUCCAGAGAUGGGACCUAGAGUAGAUGAACCAGUGUCAUGUGUAAACUGGUACCAGUAUUACAAUGAGUGCCGGGCCGGGGAAAUAAACCCACACAAAGGAGCUAUUAACUUUGAUAACAUUGGAUAUGCAUGGAUCGCCAUUUUUCAGGUAAUUACUCUAGAAGGCUGGGUAGACAUCAUGUACUACGUUAUGGAUGCACAUUCUUUCUACAACUUCAUCUACUUCAUCUUCCUCAUUAUAGUGGGCUCCUUCUUCAUGAUCAACCUGUGCCUGGUCGUCAUAGCAACACAGUUUUCUGAAACGAAGCAGAGAGAACACGCCUUAAUGAAAUCGGAGCAGCACGCCCGCCAGCUCCACCAAUCAGCUUCCACGCUGGCCAGCGACAGCCAACCAGGAAGCUGCUACGAGGAGAUAAUUCGCUACCUGGCGCACCUGGGCCGUAAGGCAUGGCGACGACUGUCCCGCUGCUACACUCAGACACGCACACACUUUCACUGCGUGUGCGUAUGCCAGAAAGACAAGGGCAGUGGAGCUGUCAGAGGGGGCGGAGUUGGCGAAAUGAAUGGGCUUGCCCACCGGCACUCAGGCCACGCUCCCAACGACCUGUCACACCUUCAUCAGCUUUAUCAUCAUCAUCACCAACAUCAUCACCAGCAUCAUCAGCCUCAGAUUGAGCCUGUUGUCAGUAAUGGAGGGAAUGGGUUGAAUUAUCCCUUCAUAUCGCCGCUCUUCAGUCACCUGGAUGCAAAGGGCCUGGACCAGAAGAGGCUGGUUGCCACGGAGACUGUCAACAGACUGCCACAGCUGGUGGUGGAGCAUGGUGAGUGUGUUGGGCAUCCUGCAUUACAGUUGCCAGGUGAAGUCCCAGGAGAGUCCCCAGUAUGCCCGUACUGCAUCUACUACAACCAACUUAGUGACAGCGAAAAUGUUAAUGAGCAGACUGAAGUCCAGCAUCCUGGGUACAGCAAGUCAUGCCAUGGCAACAGCCCGUGUCAUAGUAACAGCCCAUGCCAUUGUAGCAGCCCAUGCCACGGUGAUGCACAGGUGUCUGAGCCAAAGAAAAGGCUGUGCAAGUGUUGCUGGGCGGGACUCCGAACUAAACUAGAUCUCAUCGUUGGCAGCAGAUACUUCAAUAGAGGAAUCAUGAUUGCCAUCCUUAUUAACACGCUGUCGAUGGGCAUUGAGUACCACGAACAGCCGCAGGAGCUGACAGAUAUUUUGGAGAUCAGUAACAUGGUGUUCACGAGUCUGUUCAGUCUUGAGAUGCUGCUGAAGGUCCUGGCUUUCGGGCUCUUUGGCUACAUCAAGAACCCCUACAACGGCUUCGACAGCGUCAUUGUCAUCAUCAGUGUGUGGGAGAUUGUGGGUGAGGCAGAGGGAGGCUUGUCGGUGUUGCGUACCUUUCGUCUGCUGAGAGUUUUGAAGCUGGUCCGGUUCCUUCCUGCCCUGAGGAGGCAGCUGGUGGUGCUGAUGAAGACCAUGGACAAUGUGGCCACGUUCUGCAUGUUGCUGAUGCUCUUUAUAUUCAUAUUCAGUAUCUUGGGGAUGCAUCUGUUCGGCUGUAAAUUCGGUUUGCGACAAGACAGUGGAGACACUUUACCUGAUAGAAAAAACUUUGAUUCUCUGCUCUGGGCGAUCGUCACUGUGUUUCAGAUCCUCACCCAGGAGGACUGGAACGCGGUACUCUAUAACGGGAUGGCCUCCACCUCGCCGUUGGCUGCCCUCUAUUUUGUAGCCCUCAUGACCUUUGGCAACUACGUCCUCUUCAACUUGCUUGUAGCCAUUUUGGUUGAGGGCUUUCAAGCCGAAGGUGAUGCCAACAGAUCUGAGACAGAUGACGAGAGACAAUCUCUUUCUUUUGAGGAUGAGGAGAAGUUGAGAGAGCUGUACGCUGCAGAGCUUAAGAUCCAGGCCAUGAUGCUGAGCCCCAAUGGUCUCCUGAACCCAAAAGCCUCCAUGCCCCACCCUCCUCCUCCUCCUCCUCCUCCUCCUCUGCCGGUCAUCACACACACUGCAGCCACGCCCACCAUAAACUCCAGCCAGUCACGCCGGGCGAGUGGUGCUUCCAUGGACAUCAACAGCCUUGAGCCGAGGUCACCGUUGUCUUCAGAGUCUCUGUGGGACAGUGGGCCAGAGAGCCGGCGCUCCAGCUGGACCAGCAUCGGCCGAGCCCCCAGCCUCCAUAGGAAGAGCCAGUCGGGGGAGAUGGAGUCCCUGCUGUCCGACACAUACACAAGCUCCAACCCCAGCAGCAGGGAGCAGUCUCUGGACCAGCCGGAGUACCUGCAGGUGCCCAUGCUCCACUCGCCCGACUGCAACGGCACCACCUUUCACCUCCCUGACCACUGCUGUGACGAUGCUCCCCUGACCACACAUUACCACAGCGAUCAGGAGGAGGACGAGAUUGAGGAGAGUUUAUGUAAGAAGCUGAAGAAGAUGCUGGAACCAUAUGAGCCUCAGUGGUGCCUGGAGCAUGAAGAGUGGUCUCUAUAUCUGUUCGCUCCACACAACCGGUUCAGAUCGUGGUGUCAGAGGGUCAUAGGUCACAAGAUGUUUGAUCAUAUCAUCCUCCUCUUCAUCUUCCUUAAUUGUAUCACCAUUGCGUUGGAGAGACCUGACAUACAGCCCAAUAGCAUGGAGCGGGUGUUCCUCAGUGUGUCCAAUUACGUCUUCACUGUGAUCUUCGUAGGUGAAAUGAUGAUCAAGGUGGUAGCUCUUGGCCUGUACUUUGGAAAUGGCGUGUACCUGCAGAGUAGCUGGAAUAUCUUAGAUGGAGUGCUGGUGUUUGUGUCUCUGGUGGACAUCCUGGUCUCCAUUGCAUCAGCAGGUGGUAAUCGAAUCUUAGGCAUCCUCCGCGUGCUUCGUCUGCUCCGCACACUGCGACCACUCAGGGUGAUAAGUCGAGCUCCUGGUCUAAAACUGGUGGUGGAGACUCUGAUCACAUCUCUCAGACCCAUUGGGAAUAUUGUCCUCAUCUGCUGUGCUUUUUUCAUCGUGUUUGGAAUUCUGGGAGUCCAGCUGUUUAAAGGAAAGUUCUUCUACUGUGAUGGGCUUGAUGUGAGUAACAUUACCAAUAAAACCCAGUGUCUGGAGACAGGAUACCGCUGGGUUCGACGGAAAUACAACUUUGACAACCUGGGACAGGCACUGAUGUCACUGUUUGUGUUGUCAUGUAAAGACGGCUGGGUCAGCAUCAUGUAUGACGGCCUGGAUGCUGUCGGAGUGGACCAGCAGCCAAUAAGAAACAACAACCCUUGGAUGCUGCUGUUUUUCAUCUCUUUCCUCCUCAUCGUCAGCUUCUUUGUGCUCAACAUGUUUGUGGGCGUGGUGGUGGAAAACUUUCACAAGUGUCGCCAGGAGCAGGAGGAGGAGGAGGCGCGGCUGAGGGAGGAGAAACGACAGAGACGGUUGGAGAAGAGGAGGAGAAAGGCCCAGGAGAAGCCAUAUUACGCUGACUACUCCCCAUUGCGUCGAUCCAUCCACACCGUGUGCACCAGCCACUACAUGGAUCUCUUCAUCACCAUCAUCAUCUUCACAAACCUCCUCACCAUGAGCAUGGAGCACUACAACCAGCCUCAGUACCUUGAGGAGAUACUGAAGUACUGCAAUUAUGUCUUCACGGUGGUUUUUGUCAUCGAGGCCAUUCUCAAACUCAUCGCUUUUGGCCUGCGCCGCUUUUUCAAAGAGAGAUGGAACCAGCUGGACCUUGCCAUUGUGUUGAUGUCCAUCAUGGGAAUCACACUGGAGGAAAUAGACCUGAAUGCUUCCCUUCCCAUCAACCCCACCAUCAUACGCAUCAUGAGAGUCCUAAGGAUAACAAGAGUGCUGAAGCUGUUGAAGAUGGCUACAGGAAUGAGAGCUCUGUUGGACACAGUGAUUCAAGCUCUGCCUCAGGUGGGGAAUCUGGGUCUGCUCUUCAUGUUGCUGUUCUUCAUCUAUGCAGCUCUGGGAGUUGAGCUCUUUGGAAAACUGGAGUGUUCAGAUGAGAACCCAUGUGAGGGUCUUAGUCGCCACGCUACCUUUGACAACUUUGGCAUGGCUUUCCUCACACUCUUCAGGGUGUCUACUGGGGACAACUGGAAUGGGAUUAUGAAGGACACGUUGCGAGAGUGUCGCCCGCAGGAUCGCCACUGCCUCACCUACCUGCCCCUGAUCUCUCCCAUUUACUUUGUCACCUUCGUCCUCACGGCUCAGUUCGUGCUGGUCAACGUGGUCGUAGCCGUUCUGAUGAAGCACCUGGAGGACAGCAACAAGGAGGCACAGCUGGAGGAGAUGGAGGAGAGGGAAGAGAAGAGGGAGAGGGAAGAGAUGAGGGAGAGGGAGGAGGCCAAUCAACGCCUUAGUUCUGCGUCUCUGGGCGGAGACCUGGGGCCAAAUGUAGACACACCUGCCCAGGUGCAGGUUGAGGAUGAUGAGUGUUCCCAUGGCAACCUGCUGAGCAUGGUACACAUGCUGCCUCUCCCCAGUGACAGCUACGUUCAGCCACUCAGAUGCUCCCCUUAUCCUCCCAUUGGCCAUGAGGCCCACUCCGGCUACAGCUACUCAGGCUCCAUGUCCUCUCUGGGCUCCAGUGCAGGCGGCUCACUGCUGCAGGUUCCAGGGGCUCUGCCUGCCAUCAGCCACGCUUCACUGGGGUCUGGACGCAGCUUGAGGCCAAAGAUCUGCCUCAGCACCUCUCAGAGCAUCGACAGACACUCCCCACACAGACUCUGUCCAGCUGACAGUAUAGAGGGAUACCGGCUUAGUCCGGCUCACAGAAUAAACAGACACAGACUCAACUCAGCUCACAGCAUAGAUGGAUACAAGUUCAGCCCGGCCCAUCGAAUAAACAGACACAGACUCAGCUCUACUCACAGUAUGGAUGGAUACAGGCUCAAUCCAGACCACAACACAGACAGACCUAAACUCAUGUACAGUCACAGUAUAGACAGACAUCCCUCACUCAGACUGAGUCCCACCCACUGUGCCAGCAAGGGUCCUUCUCAUUGGCUCAGUCCUGAGGACAGUUUAGACAGAAACAAGCUGAGUCCCUCCUACGUUCCAGAUAGUUCAGUCUUGAAGAGACCAGCAUCCUUCCGCACUGCGAGCAGACAGCUACGGAGACAGGAGGCUGUGCGCUGUGACUCUCUGGAUCAGAGCGGUUCAACUGAUGAUCUGGCAGAGCCUAACCUCACUGUGCCCGCCGCUUCUUCCACACCACCCCGCCAGCGAUCGUCCAGUGUACACACACUGAAAUAUAAACACCCCCAGAGGGUCAUCUCAUGCAGGAGCCACAGCCGGAGCCACAGUGAAACCACUGGACAAGAACAUGUACCUGACCAGGCCAUCUGCGGCUCGCAGCCAGAAACAGAUGUUGAGAAGAGGCCUGUCAGCCUGCAGAGCCUGUCCAGUCUGAAGGUCCCCAGCGGUGAAUCCACCUUAUCAGCGCCACUUUGUAGCUCCAGAGCGGGCAGCCCCGGCCCUGGCUCUGACCCCGACCCCCAGUUAGACGACACCGACGAGGAAGUCAGCCGUAUUAACAGUUCUGUUCACACACACUCAUACACACAAAUCCCUCCCAGCUCCUCACACAAAAGCAGACACCUUACCCCGAGCCCCGGGGCGCACAGGAGCCGCCUCAGCCAAUCAGUGUCUCCGGUGUCGGGCAGGAACAGGAAGCAGAGGAUGAGCCCGCCGCCAGGAGAAGAGCCAGUUACUAUGGUAACCCAGCUGAUGGACAGCAGCGUUGAUCUGAGAAGGCGGACUCUGUCAUUUGAUGCCACAACCCCCUCUCCUAAUCAACCAGAGGGAAGUUCUGUGGAUGACUAAACAAACUCAGUGACGCUGGAUUGGUUAUUCUCUAAAGUGGAGGAGCCUGAUGUGCUGCAGAAGCACACGAAAGGGGCGGGAGCUGCAAGUCCUCUUUUGGGCCCCGCCCCUUGCCUCAUCCCAUUUAAUCACAAGAUUUUCACAGGGUGUGUGAGCAGAACUCUUUCAGACUGUGUGUGUAUGAGUGUGUAUGUGUUCAAAGAUGCACACAAGAAGACGUUUCCUUUUCUUCUAUCAUAGUCCUAGCUUUAGUUCAGACAUAGUAGUCACUCCCCUGCUAUAUUUACUCAAACACUAACCUUCCCCUUGCUUGUUCUCCUCAUUCUGCCCUCACUCUCAUCCUUUUCCUUCCAUCUCAAGCCUUGGUCAGAGUACGAGACAAAAUUACCCGAAAGGUGCAGUACGGAUUAAGUUACAGACUGAUCUGCUCAUGUACACAUAGACGUGUUGACAAUGAGAUGUCACAGCUAGGGACUGCAACUAAUGAUUAUUUUAAUUAUAAAUUAUUUUCUGCAGAUUACUUUCUUGAUAAAUCAAUUAAUCUGUUGGCCUAUAAAACAUCAGAAAGAAUAGAAAAAUGUUCAUCAUAAUUUCCGAAGGUGACGUCUUCAAGUCUUCAAAUAGCUUUUUUUGUCCCACCAAGUGACCAAUAUCCAAAGAUAUUCAAUCCACUACAAUGUUAGACAAGGAAAAGCCACAAAUCUUCACAUUUAAGAGGCUUGAACCAUCAAAUAUUUAGCAUUUUUGCUUGAAAAUUGAUUAAUCAAUUAUCAAUCAAUUUUCUGUUGAUUAACUAACCGAUUAAUCAACCAGUUUUUUUCAGCUCAACACACGGCAUCUCAUUCAUUCUAAUUUUCUAAUUAAUUAAGUACAAUUCCCUAAUUUCUCGCUCUGUAGUGCAGAAAUUAGUUUAUGUUUACAAAAUAAAUAGAUUUUUAAGUGAUAAACUUACAAGAGUUAAAGCUGAAAAAGAUUUUUAUAUGUAAAUGCUUAAUUUGUAAUUGCACGCUUAUAUAGAUUGGUGCAGGCACAUUUUAUUAGAGACUUAUUCCUCCAAAAAAAAAACAAACCAACUGUACAGCAGCUUGUUAAAAGUGCAGCAAAAUGAGAAUCUUAUAUCUAACCAAGUGGGCGUUUUUGUUUUUUAAUAUAACUGAUCUUCCUAUUUUUCGUACCUCUUAACUUGUCUUAACCAGUAAAAUGCCACUGGAAGUUGCUUGAUCAUUCUCAGAUUGCAGUCAAACAUGGACAUCUUUGUGAUGUUUGAGAAACCUCCCACGCCUGAAUCCACCCAACCCUGACAGUCAAAACCAAUCAAUUUGCGCUUAGAGUCUCUGAGUUAACAUCGUGUAGCGUGACCUAGGCUUUAGUAGUUUCUACCUCGCUUUUUUCCUGAUCCCACCCAUUUGAAUGUUCAGUCAGCUUAGUUUCUCACCCCCUCCACUUUCCUUUUCUCUGUCUUAGUAUUCUCAGGGUAGAGGUAGUUCAGACCAGGUGAGUAUGAAGCAUGAGAUCAGAGGUCUGCAGAGUUUGAUUGCCCCCUGCUGUCUGAAGCUGGAGCUGGCCCAUCUCUCCUGAUGUUUGAAGAGAUUAUACUGUAUGGGUGCGGGGUGAAAUUUAGACAGAAGCAGCUGUACAGAAGGGCUUAUUCAGAUGAUAUAAUGGUGUUUAAGACUUUAUAGAAAAAGGCAAAGAUUAUAUUUUAUUAACACAGCAGCAAUGAUAUGAGAACUACAAAGGUGAAUUUCUACAUUUUUGAAUGUCAAUUUAUCUCCUGGCGCUGCUGAUAAUGGAUGAUGAUGAUGAUGUCAGCGUUAUAGGAUGUUGAUUAUAAUGAUGAUGAUGACUCUGGAGGAUGCAAAUAAUAUUGUAUAAUGUUCCUGCAGAAUGAAAGCAGGGAAUGAUAUACAGUGAGCUCACCUACAGUAACAUUAUUGGACAGUGCUGGAAUAAAACCACUUCCUGUCUGACUUUCA